GAAACCCAAAACCAUUGCACACAAAACUUUGGCGCAAUGCGCAACACUGCGCGUUCCUUUUUCAAAUUUAAUUUUUCUUUUUAAAAUGUGACUUAAGUAGGUUUUUGAUUACAUAGGUAAAGUUAGUUAGUUUUUGUUGGUAACGAUGAGUUAUCCGUAUUUUUCGUAUAGGAGGCCGAAAAUGGACUAUGGAUUGAAGAGAGUGCCUGAUUAUACCGAGCUGGCUUAUAAGGAGGCUGUGUCGAAGCUGAGAUAUUUCUUAUCCGGGAACUAUACACCGAGUAUCCGCAGCUACGGUGGUUCGGCCUCCAUCAAGAACCUGGACGAGUCCGACGGGGACCUGGACAAGAAGUAUCUCUUGGACAAACCUCGUCCGCGCCUGACCGCCAAAUAUACGUCGCUGUAUGCAGAUAGCUUGAAUAACUAUACACCGCAUACAGGAAAAUCUAUUCCGAUACCUCCAGCGACCGCUCCUGCGGAUCUGACAGGUGGGACUAAUCCGGACGUCGUCAACUUCAUCCAGAAGCAAGAAGAGUAUAUCGAGCAGUUGGAGCGAGAGAGCCAAUACUGCAGGGACGAGCUGAACAACCUCCUCGGCAAGGUGAAAGAAGUGAUAUCCGAAAACGAGCAUCUCCACGAAGCUCAGAAGAACAAGCUGAUUUCCCGCAUGUUUACUACUCAUGGGUCCGAGACCGAUGAUCUGGACGAUGUAGGGGAUAGCACUGGAUUAGAUAGCGAUCAUAAGGCUACGAUAACCAAGACACGCAAGCCGAAGACUCGAACCACGAGACUCGAAGGACCGAAUAUAGUCUUCGAGUCACGCAUCUCAGAGUUGGAGGCGCAGUUGACGCAGUCGAAAAUCGACCUUAAGAAGGUUCAGGAUGAAAAUAACGAAAAUAAGCGCAAGCUUGCCUCUGGGCUCGUUGACUCAACUUGCCUUGACGGCUUUAAGCGGCAGAUCGACAAUUUGCAACGAGACAAGUCCUCCCUGGAAUCCCAGAUCUCCAAGCUGAAGACCAGUCUGGAACAACGAGACGGUGAUCUGGAUGGGCGGUACAAGCGUAAUGACGUCAUCGAACAGCAACUCCGGGACGAGAGGAAUAAUUUAGAAAACGAAGUCCGCAGGUUGAAGGAGGAUCUUGCAUCAGAACGCGCAAAAAUCCGAGAAUUAGUCGGCGAAGGAUCCCGCCGCGCCAUACAAGAGCGCUCAGCAGCGGAACAACGGUACAACGCACAUUGCGACUCGCUGCAGCAUGAGCUCGCUGCGCAGUAUGACAGUGUGGCGAAGUUACAGUUGGACCUGGAGCGUCAGCGUCGUGAAGAGAACGAGCUGAAGCGAGAACUCUCCAUGAAGAACUCCGCCAUCGAGGAGUUGAAGAUGGAACUGAAGAGCAAGACAGCAUCGCUUCAAGCCGACUUAACUCAAGCUCAUGCUGAGAAGGCCUCUCUAGAAGAGGAGCUGGCUUCAGCACGUCUGACGAUCGAACGUCACCAACGCCAGGCCAAGCACGAAACCAAUCGACUCAACUCGGAGAUCCAGUCGCUUCGUCAGCGAUUGGACCGCGCGGACGCAGACCUAGUGCACUCACGACGAGAGAAUCUACGUCUCACCGAACAGAUUGCCACUCUUGAGAAGGAGCUAAACAUGAAGAGUUUAACUCCAAAUUCCCCUGAGAAGAACAAGAAAGAAAAAGAGAUGUCCUCGAUGCUGGAAUCGAUUGAGAAUAAACACGCAAAAACGGUUGCCGAGUUGGAGUCCAUGAUACAUUCACAAAACAGUCUGAUGGAGAAACUCACCGGAGAAUGUCGUUUGCUCACAGACAAGCUAGACGACGCAAACCGUAGGCACAAGGCGGAACUGGCAACUCUGCAGCGUCAAGUAGACAGCCUGGGGCGCUCCAUGCAGUCUCCUAGCCCUCGCACAGCACCAGCCACGCACCUACCCCCAACCGACCGAAAUGCACCUCCCGCCGCCGGUGGCGGACCAGACCAUCCCAGAGCUUACCCCACCGGACACCCCGACCAGCCAGACAUCAGUCCUGACACUAGAGACCACAGACCUCUGAGCAAACAGGCUUCUCGAACAUCCAUCAAAAGUUACAAUCAAGAACCAGAAAACAGCAUCCAACCAGACAAAAGACUUGCAGAAGAAACAAUAAAAGUUGACAAUGUUGAAGAAGAUAUAGCUGAUGAGAAAGAAGUUGAAUAUGAAAAAGAGCAACAUGGACAAGAAAACUAUCCUGUAGAACACGUAGAACAUGCUUAUGAGCAAGGCUAUGAGAAUCCUGAUCAAAACUACGCGGAGAAAACCGAACCGUAUUACGAACAAACUGCAGGCUACGAUCAGAAUUAUCAACAGAAUUACCAAGAAGGUCAAUUAGAAAAUUACGAGCAGUAUCCACAACAAUAUACUGAUCCUAAUGCUCAGUAUGAAGGACAAUAUGAAAAUUAUGCUACAGACGGGGCGUAUCAACAAGAAUAUGAUCCCACGCAAUAUACUGAUCCUGCUACGCAAUAUGUUGAUCCGAAUACACAAUAUGAUCCGGCUACACAGUAUGUUGAGCCUCCGACACAAUAUGAAGCACAGCCAAUACAAGCACCUAUCGAAGCACCUAUCGAACAUGAAGCACCGACACCACCGACGACGAAUAGGAAAAUAAGCAAUUCUCCAGUGAAGGGCCAGAGUUAGCUUUAGUUUUCGUGCAAUAUUUGUUUUGUUUGUUAAUUUUUGUGUUAGUGAUAGUUUUACGGCGUUUAUUCCUACUGAGCUUGAAAAUUUGUGUGUAUUUUUUCUUUAUCUUCUUU